AUGUUGCAAAGGGCAGCAAGUAAUGCAUAUUCAUGGUGGUGGGCUAGCCACAUUAGGACAAAGCAAUCAAAAUGGUUGGAUCAAUGCCUCCAAGAUAUGGAGGAGAAGGUGACUGAUACACUAAGAAUCUUACAAAAUGAUGGAGACUCAUUUUCUCAAAGAGCCGAAAUGUAUUAUAGGAAGAGGCCAGAGCUUGUUGAAUUUGUAGAAGAAGCCUUUAGAGCAUAUAGAGCUUUAGCAGAAAGGUAUGAUCAUUUAUCAAGAGAACUUCAAAGUGCAAAUAGAACAAUUGCAAGUGUUUUUCCUGAUCAAGUUCCAUGCCAAAUCGACGAUGACGAAGACGAUGAAAGUGAGACGGGAACAUCAAGCUUUCCAUCUCCUGACCUCCACAACCAAGUGCAAAAAUCAUCCACCAUUCCGAAAGUUCCAAAGAUUCCAAAGAACGAUUUUCGAAAUCCUUCAAUGUUGCUAUCGCGGAAUAUUUCAAUGAAGAAAACUUCAAGUUCGCCAAAAUAUGUUGCCACAAUUUCAAGAUCAGGUCUUACAAAGGAUGCGGCGGUACGUGAAAUCGACAAACUUCAGAAAGAGAUUUUAGCGCUGCAGACCGAGAAAGAGUUCGUGAGAAGCGUGUAUGAACGCGCGUAUGAAAAGUAUUGGCAAAUCGAAGAUGAGAUAACAGGUAUGCAGAAAAAUGUUAACAGUCUGCAAGAUGAGUUUGGUGUUGGUACUGUCAUCGAAGACGACGAUGCAAGAGCUUUAAUGGCAGCAACCGCGUUGAAAUCGUGUCAACAGACGCUUUCGAAGCUUCAAAAGAUACAAGCACAGUCAUCAAUAGAAGCUAAAGUUGAAUAUGAAAGGGUAAGAAAAGCUCAUGAGAUGUUUGAGAAUCUUAGAGAUCAAUUCAUUACUAAAUUCAUGAGUGAAAAAGAACGCCAACAGGAGGAGAAAUGCAAGAGCGGAAUAAGGGAAGAACAGAAAAACAUCGACGAAGAGAUAGCUAAUUUGGAACAACAAGAGGACGAUGUUGUUUUGUUGCGAGAAAAGAUUAAGGAAAAACUGGAACAAGAUUCUGGAAACUCUCUUACCGUGACUGAAAUGGCCGAGUGCAUCGACGAGCUCGUGAAUAAGGUUGUUACAUUGGAAACUGCAGUGUCUUCUCAAACAGGUAUGGUUAAUCGAUUGAGAUCAGAAACCGACGAACUUCAAACUCACGUAAAGACAUUGGAAGAGGACAAAGAAAUGCUUAUAGCAGGAUCAGCAGCUACUAACAAGAAGCUAAAAGAAAUCGAAGAGGAAUUGUUGAGAGUUAAAAUUCUCAACAAAAGUGUUAGAAAACAAGACAACAGCAUAAGAACACAUUUCACAGAAGCGAGUUGCAAUCUCGAGCAUUUAUCAGGAAAGUUGAAUAACAUGAAGCAUGAUAUUGAAGAUGAGAGUAUAGUACUUUACAAGAAGAAAAAUGCUUCUGAUAUCGAUGAUUCUGUAAAGAACGAUGUUAGUACAGUAGAGAAAAAUCACGGUGGUGAUGGAAACUCAGAUGGUAAAACGUCAAUUAUGAGCCAAAAUACGAAUUUUAUGAGCGAAAGGAUUGAAAAAAUGGGAGAACAUGAUAAGGACGGUAUGUCUGAUGUAAUGAGCAGUGUUGAUACUGAAUCACAUGAUUUGGAAAUCGGUGAGGAUGCUCAACCUAAUUGGAGGCAUAUGUUUGUGAAUGGAUUGGAUGAUAGAGAGAAAAUUCUGUUGGAAGAGUAUACAUCUGUUUUGAGAAACUAUAAAGAUGUUAGAGUGAAGCUUAAUGAUGUUGAACAGAAAAAUAGAGACAGCAUUUUUGAGCUGGCACUUCAGUUAAGAGAAAUGAAGAAUGCUCUUGUAACAAGGGACAAAGAGAUACAAUUUCUACAUCAAAAGCUAAACUGUGGAGACACAAAUCCUGAUGAAAGUCCAUACACAACAACAACAGAAUACAAAUACACACCACAUGAAGCAAUUCUUAGAAAAUCAGGUCAAGGAUCCAACAUGCAAGAAAUCGAUAUCGCAUCUCUAAACACGGACACAAACACGAUCGCAACACCAUAUGCAGCAGACCAACGACAUGAUCAAAACUCAACAAACCUUGGCCUAAAAAUGAGCCUUGAGAAACUCAUGGCUCACCAAGACAAACAGCAAGACCUUUCGGAUUUAGAAAAGAAAUUCCGUUCGGACAUUGACGACCUGCUCGAAGAAAACCUCGAGUUUUGGCUAAGAUUCAGCACCUCAGUUCACCAGAUUCAAAAGUUCCAAAACUCAAUUCAGGACUUAAAAGCCGAACUAAAGACAAUAAAGGAAAACAACAACAGCAAAUCCGAAGGACAUUCGCAUUCGAAACAGCAUCAAUCUAUGCAAUCUCAACUUAGGCCGAUUUUCCGUCACUUAAGAGAGAUUCGAACCGAACUAUCACUUUGGCUUGAACACAAUGCAGUAUUGCAAGAUGAACUACAAGGUAGAUACUCAUCAUUAUGCAACAUUCAAGACGAAAUAGCGAAAGCCGGUAAUAAUGCAGAAUCGAAGAAUACCGAAAAACCUGAGAUAAUAAGUGGUUAUCAAGCUGCAAAAUUUCAAGGUGAGAUUCUUAACAUGAAACAAGAGAAUAGUAAAGUUGCAAGUGAAUUGCAAGCUGGUCUAAGUCUUGUGAAAGGAAUGAAGAGUGAUGUUGAGAAAACACUUGAUGAACUUGAUCAACAAAUUGGGGUGAGUAGUGUUCAUAGUGAAACAAAGAGAAACACAAGAGGGAAUAGAAUACCUUUGAGGUCUUUUCUGUUUGGUGUCAAGUUGAAGAGACAAAAACAUCAUCAAUCAUUGUUUGCAUGUGUUAAUCCUACACUGUCUAAACAAAAUAGUAUGCAUGAAGAAGCACCAGCUCCAAUAUAG